AUGGAGAGCUCGGAUUUGAAAUGGAUCUUGUUGGUGUUGGUAUUGACCUUCAAUACACGAUGUUUUGCACAUGUGCGGACGGUCAGUGAUGAAUAUAAGGUAGGAUUUGGUUUUAGUUUGUUUUUAGACAAUGGUUUAUAUAUUUAACGUUGUUUUUGAUGUUAGUUUUGACUGAUUUUAGAGGAAGGGUCAAUGUUAUCGAUGUUGGUAUAGAAAAAUUAUUUAGGUAUGAAAUUGUUGCUAAGUCUUUGUGGUUUUACAUUUAUAUGAAGGCUAAAACACGGUUUUUUAAUUACAAAUGUAUUUAUUGACGUUUUUCGUUCAAGAAAGUGGGAAAAUUAUGCGUUAUAUUAAUCAUGCUAUCAAAAAUCUUGUUGGUGUAGAUGGGAAACCUAAAUUUUUGGGUUGAUAUUGUUAGCUUUAUCAAUUGAUUUUGUAGUUAUAUGAAAGGUAAAACAUUUUUCUUUAUUUUAACAUGCAUUUUGGACAGUUUCUUUUCUGAAAAAACGAUGGUUUAAUGGGAUAUUAUUCAUGACAUCAAAUAUCUUGUUGAUGUUGUUGGGUAAAUGGAUUUUUUUUAUAUGAAGUUGUGGUUUUUGUUAGUUGGUUUUAUAUUUAUAUUAAAGUUAAAAGAAUUGGCUUUAAUUUGACAGAAAUUUUGCGCACUUUACGUAUUAGGUAACUAAGGAUUUAGCGCUAUAUUAUCCUUGACAUCAAGUCUUUCGUUUUAAAUUUUUUUUUGAUUUUUCUUAAAGAAAUUUGAUUGUAAUUGUUAUAAGCCUUUGAAACAGCUUAAUAACCUUUAUUUUCAGCCUUUGAAGCAAAGCGAUAAUUGUGUACCAAUCACUAUGGACUUGUGCAACGAUCUUCAGUACAACACGACCAUGUUCCCGAACUUGUUAAUGCACACGACUCAAGAAGAAGCCAAUGCCGAAAUUAAGGCCUACGAAAUGUUGGUCAAAGUCAAUUGUUCCAAGGACUUUAAACUCUUUCUCUGCACACUAUUUGCACCACUUUGUACUCAAAUGGAGGAGCCAUUGAAGCCGUGCCGACAUUUGUGUUUGAGUGCCAAACAUGGCUGUGAGGACUUGAUGAAGAAGUUUGGGUAUUCGUGGCCGGAGAUCUUCAAUUGUGACAAGUUUCCGAUCCAAAAUGGCUGGUGUUUUGGUGAGAAUACCACCAUUAAUUCGCCGGUUAGUACGACUGUCGGGCCGCCGGAGAAGACCUUGGAAUGCCCACAUACCAUGAGAGUUUUGAGCAAAAGCAGGUCAGUUGAGGGAAUUUUUUUGGCUUCUUUAGUGUGUUUUUGACAUGGAAAGAAAGUUCUUGUCGUUUUAUGUUUUGUAAAGGAAGUUCUUGCCAUUUAUCGAUCUGUAUAGAAAGUUUUUGUUGUUUUUUGCUUUGUAAAAAAACUUUAUUGCUACUGGCUUCUAAUAUGUGAUAAAAAAGUCUAUAAACUACCUAUUUUCAGUUACAAUCUCAAAAUCGCCAACGCCACUAUCCCACAAUGUUCCUUACCGUGCGAGACAGAAGACCGUGUCCCAAUCUUUGGUUUCUCGCCUUCAGAACGUGGAAUCCUCAGGCUAACUGCAUGGUUAUCAGCGGUAGUAUGUCUAGUAUGCACACUGUUCACCGUGGUAACGUUCUUGAUUGACAUCGAGAGGUUCGAGUUCCCAGAAAGAGCGAUAUUGUACAUGGGGGUCUGCUACUUCUUUGUUAGUCUCACAUACCUGGUCGGAACUGUUGCUGGUAAGUUUUUUUUUAAAUUAGAAGUGAGCAGGGUAUUGUCAGCGUUUGGCGGGGAUUUUGAAGUAUAUUUUAAUUGUCGGUCUAAUAAAAAAUUACAGUUUAUGGCUAAAAGUAGGGUUUUUAAGCGUUUUUUGAGGGAUUUUGCUCAAAUUUUGGACAAUAAAUGGCAUUUUUAAAUAAAACUGUACAUACUAUAAGAUUGCUUAUGCUUUAAACUUAUGUUUUAGGGAUCUUCAGCUUUGGGUCUUAUGAAAAUUGGCAGUUUAAGGCUAAAAAUAAAAGGUUUUGAGCGUUUCUUGAAGGAUUUUGCUCAAAAUUUUGGGCAAUAAAUGCCAUUUUUAAUAAAACUAAAAUUCAAAAAAUAAUUUUUCUUAAUUUUCCAGGUGGCCCAGUAUCUUGUGGAGCCCUAUCCACCACCCAAUCGCCGCUAGUAACUCAAGGAAUCGACAAUUUCGCCUGUUCGGCGGUCGCCUUCAUCAACUUCUACUUCUCAACGGCCGCGGCCGUCUGGUGGUUCUGCCUAUGCUUUGCCUGGUUCCUCGUAACGACCCUAAAAUGGGGAGAAGCACCUGUGGGACAAGUUUUUGGUACCUACUUUUCGCUUCUGGCUUGGGGUGGACCUGCCGUCGCAGCCAUCGCCGUUCUGGUCACGAACUCGGUCGAUGGUGACAUGUUUACUGGAUUAUGCUCGGUUGGCAAUCUACAGCCUCAGGCAAUGCUGAAGUUUGUGGCUAUUCCACAGGCCGCUCUGAUUGGUGGGUUUUGGGCGGUGUUUUUGGGGGAACGUAAUUUUUAGGGAAAAAACGUGAAAUUUUAUGCAUUUUGCAAUUUUUUUACAGAAAAAUGAUAAUUUGUGAAAAUAUUGGAAAAAUGCCAUUUUUGGUUCCAUUUGUUACCUAAAAUUUUCCAAAUUUUUUUCAAAAAUUUCUUAAAAAUCAUUUUUUUAAAUUUUAGGCUUAAAAUUAAGCCUAAACUCUAUAACUCAGCUAAAACUAAAAAUAUCAAAAAACCCUUUUACCACAGUAAAACCAAGACCAUAACCUUUGAUUUUUUCAGUAUCCGGCUUCUUUUUGUUCGGCUGCGGCUUCAUUUCGAUCCUUCGAAUCCGCUCCUACAUCAAAGGCCAAAAAGCCGCUCCGUUGGGCAAAUUCGAAGCGGCUUCGGGCAAAAUCAGUCGAUUGAUGAUUCGAAUCACAACCUUUGCUUCGUUGUUCAUGAUUGCCAGUGUGGUUUACUGUGUUUGCUUGUUUUAUCAGGUAGGUGUUUUGCAAGGUUUUUUGGGGGGGGGGAUCGGGUUAGCUAUUUUUUCAAUUUUUAGGCAUGAAAGUUGAGGUUUUUAGCUAUUUUAUACUUAAAUAUUUUUGUUUUCUGCUUUUUUAUUACCUAAAAACCUCAAUUUUUUCAAAUUUGUUACUUAAAAAGUUACGUUUUUAUCUAUUUUAUACCUAAAAUUUUAAGUUUUAUGUGUUUUAACACCUAAAAAUCAAUUUUAAUUGCUGUUUUGUACCUAGAAAUCAACUUCAAUUGGCGUUUUAUACCUAAAGAUCAAUUUUAAAUGCCUUUUUAUACCUAAAAAUUGAUUUUUAAGGUCAUUUCAAACCUAAAAAUUUAAUUUUUUUGUUGUUUUUUACUUAAGAAUUAAAGUUUUUGAAGUUUUAUUACCUAAAAAUCACAUUUUUUCAAAUUUUUCAAAUUUCAGGCAGUCAACAUGGACUCAUGGUUAACAUCCUGGUACGGCACUCGAUGUCUCCAUCUACAGCGCGGUAAAUUCGGCUUCACUCAGCAACGUGAGCUCUGCCCUAUCAAUCAGGCGGCCCUAACCAACGAAUCACCCGAUUGGCUAAUGUUCUGUGGCAAGUACGUGGCGCAGCUGUCAGUGGGCGUGGCGUGCGCGGUCUGGACCAUAAAUGGAAAGACAUUCAACAGCUACGGCGACUUUUAUGCUAGAGUCUUCUUGGGCAGGUCUAGGGUGCCUACUCGGCAGUCUUAG